GCAACAGUGAGCACGACUCUACAGUGACAGGCUGAAUUGUGGAAUCCGAGCGCAUCGAUCAGGAUUUACUCCAUCAGCAGACUUAACUGGUCGAUUGCAGGGCAAAUAUCGAACGGUGUCUUUUACAACCAACAUAGUUUAAGAAUUCUGCCAAACCCCAUGCAGAAUGGCAGGUUUAAAGUGAACGGAUCGACAAAAGGCGAGUUUCGUCAGGCGUCAGUGAUGCUGCAGCUUCCCCUGCUGGUGACGGCUCAGGUGGACCUGGUCCUGCUACUGGUGUCUGCCUUUGCCUUCUGGACCAGACUGGGUCACCUCAGCUACCCCAACGCUGUGGUGUUUGAUGAGGUGUAUUAUGGCCAGUUUGUGUCACUCUACAUGAGGAGAGUUUUUUUCGUUGACGACAGCGGACCUCCGCUUGGUCACAUGAUUUUGGCCCUUGGAGCGUACCUGGGGGGAUUUGAUGGGAACUUUGCAUGGAACAGAAUUGGAGCAGAGUAUCCCAGCAGUGUGAGUGUGUAUAGUCUACGGUUGCUGCCCGCUCUGUGUGGAGCUCUCUGUGUUCCUCUGGUUUACCUGUUGACCCUGGAGCUCAGGUUUUCUCACGUGUCUGCUUUGUCAGCUGCACUGCUGCUGCUGCUGGAUAACUCUUUCAUCGUUCAGUCUCGUUUCAUGUUACUGGAAUCUGUUCUCAUCUUCUUCAUGUUGUUGGCCUUUUUUUCAUACCUGCACUUCCACAACUCUACCAGCAGCCCCUGGUCCAAGUAUGGUUGGCUGCUCCUCUCUGGUACCUCCUGCGCUGCAGCUGUUGGGGUGAAGUAUAUGGGUUUGUUUUCCUACGUGCUGCUGCUUGGCAUGGCAUCUUUGCACAUGUGGACCCUGAUUGGGGAACGAUCUGUCAGUCAUCUGAAUGUGUUUGUGCACUGUGUGUGUAGAGUGGUGUGUUUGGUGGUGGUUCCUGUUCUGCUCUAUGUGUUCUGGUUCUACGUUCAUCUGAGUCUCCUUAACCGCAGUGGACCACAUGACCAACUGAUGAGCUCUGCCUUCCAGGCCAGUCUACAGGGUGGUCUCUCUAGGAUCACACAGGGUCAGCCACUGGACGUUGCCUACGGCAGUCAGGUGACUCUGAGGAGCUCAGCCGCCCAGCCAAUCCCUUGCUGGCUUCACUCACACAAAGCCAAUUACCCAAUCAGGUAUGAGAAUGGGCGAGGCAGUUCCCAUCAACAACAGGUCACCUGUUACCCGUUUAAAGACGUUAACAACUGGUGGAUCAUCAAAGAUCCCAGCAAACAGCAGCUGGUCGUUAGCAGUCCUCCUCGACCUGUCCGUCAUGGUGAUUUUAUCCAGCUGGUUCAUGGAAUGACCUCACGCUUACUCAACAGUCAUGAUGUGGCAGCUCCCAUGACUCCUCAUGCUCAAGAAGUAUCCGGUUACAUCGACUUCAAUGUCUCUAUGUUGGCUCAGGAUCUGUGGAAAGUGGAAGUUUCUAACAGGGAAUCUGACAGUGAGGUGUGGAAGACGAUCCUGUCUGAAGUGCGGUUGGUGCAUGUCAACACCUCAGCAGCCCUCAAGUUGAGUGGUACCUCUCUACCAGACUGGGGUUUCCAUCAGCUUGAGGUAGUGGCAGAAAAACUAUUUAAAGCUCAUAGCAGCAGUUUGAGAUGGACAGUCGAGGAGCAUCGUUUCGGAACCAGUGAGCAGCAGAGGGAGCGGGAGGCCGAGCUUCAUUCUCCAACUCAAAUUGAUGUAGACAGAAAGAUUUCCUUCUGGGCAAAGUUUUUAGAGCUGCAGUGGAAGAUGCUGACCGUGAAACAGGAAAACACUGAGCACAAAUACAGCUCUGCCCCAUUAGAGUGGAUCACCAUGGAAACCAAUAUUGCAUACUGGCUCCACCCCAACAACAAUGCUCAGAUCCACCUGAUUGGUAACCCUGUGUCAUGGGGCCUGGCUAACCUGUGCUUGUUGUCAUAUCAGCUGCUGGCAGCUGUCUACGUGCUGAGGAGAAGGCGGGGCCUCAAAGACCUACCUGAUGGUGUGUGGCAUCAGUUUGUCUGUCUGGGCUGUGUAUGUGUUGGUGGUUGGUUAGUCAACUUUGUUCCGUUCCUGCUGAUGGAGAAAACUCUCUUCCUGUAUCAUUACCUGCCUGCUCACUGUUACCUUUACCUACUGAGCCCCGCCCUGCUGGAACAUGCUCACACUCAUCUGCUCAGGAGAGAGACACACCAGCGUGCUCUGCGUAUGUUCAUUUUUGCAGGGUUGUUCUCCGUUUUCCUAGCCUAUCGAAACUUCUGUCCCCUGACCUAUGGCAACCCUGUGCUCUCAGACAAUGAACUGCAAGUACUAAAAUGGAGAGACACCUGGGACAUACUGUAUCGCCGACGCUAGAAAAGGGUACAGGUGAACAGACUUCUGCUUUCAAAGGUAUAGGUUGUGUAAAGUGCCCUCAAUUUUCUGUUUGUCCUUUUAGUGUGACUUUGAAUGUCUUUUGAAUGACCUGUUGUAAAGAUAUGUCGAUUAUCGGCUGUAUAAAUAAACUGAUUUUGGUUGAUAA